AUGACUUCCACUAGCCGUCUCGAAUUUCUACAUCAACUGUACAAUCAUGUGGCACUGCCUCGCGACGUUCCAGGCAAGGAAGAUGGGAACCUCCAUCAUAUCAACGCUGCUUUGCUGAAUCGCAUAAUGAGCGCUGUUGCAAAAACCACCUCCUAUUUUACUGCAGACUUACGAUCCCACUUGGAAACGCUACACAGUUCACUGCAAGCAUCCCAAAUACUCAAUGUAAGCGGGGCCAUCAGCAAGAGUACAUUGAUAAAACAGUUCCAUAUUCUGGGCCGACACAAGAUGCUUGUACUUCACCUCAACCCUCAGAAUUGUGGUCUACUCAUAUACCACCAAGUCAGCGCUGUGGAUGAGGUUUCUGUCGUUUUUGAGGCCUUCGAGACGUCUGCAACUGCCGACAAGGUACUUGCAGCAAAGAAUGCCCUGCAAUGGGAUUUUCCUGGAUCAGCGGUUUCUAUCUCUGAAUCGACUUUCAACGAACCUUCCUUCCAAGACGCUCUCGCAACCUUUCUCGAGCAGGCGAGCACUGAAUAUGUCACAAAGUUUGCUGCUGUCACCUGGAAGGCAGCUGCUAAACUGGCUGAGAUCCGAGACACAAGUGACCCUGCAAUUAUAUCUGGCCUUUUGAUGGCUAUAUUGGAAGCCAAUGGCACUGCAGUCAACGUGCCUCGACUGCGCAAACGAGUACGCGACACCGUUGUCUUUGAAAAUGCUCGAAAGCCUUGGAGACGAUCUGCUUUCUAUUUGGUCUUAAGAGUAGCAACCCAGAGGUAUCUGUAUCAUCAUAUGGGUGCCCAAGAGGGUAGGAAAAUGUACAAGACUAUCAUGUGUGUACUUCACACACAACUCCUAGAGAAUGCAUUGAAGACAAUACCUCUUGAGGCAGCCUUCUUCUUGCGCCAGAAGCUAGGGCGGCGCCUUGCCAAGUUGAGCUCCGACCUGCACAGUUCGAACAAUCCUUCGCUUUGUACGCAGCCCUUUUACGGCGUGACAUUGGAACGAGAUUUCGAGAGGACGCUAGGAACAACAGGCGCAUACCUGAAGCAGGUUUGGCGAAACCACCAAAAGUCUCGGGAACGACAAGUCCCAAAAUUGCGCCAAUAUGCCAAAAACAACGAAUUUCAACUUCAUCUAAACAGCAGCGGCAAAAUCUUGAGAAAUACUUCAUUUGAGUAUCUCUCAUUCCCGAGACGCCAGGAGCCAACUGCUGCCAGCCUCCUGGAUUCUUACCAGCAGUCUGCGACAUCUACCAAACCCUACAUGGAAGCUGUAUCUGGCCACAUCUCUUCAUCAAAGUAUUAUGAAGACGUCGUACUACCGGCUAAGCGCUCGAUGCAACAUGAAAGCCCCUGUAUCGUUGAACUAAGUGACAUUAUACGGAAGUAUGUUCGCAUCAUUUGCACGGGAGAUCAGACGUACACAUACCAAAAGAGCCAACAGUUGCUCUACCUUAUGGAAUUGUGGGUUCUAAUGGAUAAGGCUGCUGUCGCAAGCUACAAACUACUUCUGGAUUACCACCCCGGCUUUGAGUCCGAUAUACUUGAUCCUAUCGAGCUGUUAACGCUUGAGGAGAUGACUAGAGUUCAAGAAGUGCGGCGGUAUUUGUCAGCUCGAUGCCGCUCCCGCACAGUGACGCAAAGCAAUACAAUCUUCGCUGAUCCUGCUGACAACUGCUUCGCUGCGCGGUUCUACGACAACCAGGGUCUUGAGGGUGAGCUUUCAGCCAUGCGCAACGAGAUUGAGGAUGCAGCCGAACAGGCAUGCAUCAAGAAAGAAACUGAAUGGGAAGACAAGAGCACAGAGUACGAGAAGAAAACUCUCAAGUUGAACGAAAAGGAGUGCAUAUACGAUCCCGUCAUCGACCGGGAUCUUCGCGUGGCUGGUUCACGUCAUAGACUACCCUGCGAGUGGCACAAUCUUCACCGUGAGUUGAAGAACAUGAGGAUCCAGAUCUUCGAGCACCCUCUCCCAAGCUACGAACCUGCUGCAAAGGCAACACUUUUUGAGCUCCAAUGCCCAAAAGAGUUUGCGGCAUACCGUGAUGCUACUUGGCUCAUUCUCUCGAGCUUGUGCCACAAACCGGUCGAACACCUAGACCGCAUAUCGCUUGUCCGCGACUACUCACAACUUCGGUCAUAUGCAAACAAGACCCAUUGCCAGGUAACCUUGGGUUCUUACAAAAAAGCCCACCUGGAAUCCCACUAUGCAACUUGGGGCUUCCCGAUCGCGCUACAAGAGAUUAUUCGCACUUGUGGCUUGAAGCCUCGAUACUACGAUGUUUCUGGCGCCUGCUGGACUGAUGGGCUAACAAAAGCUUCAUUUUGGCAUCACUUUCCCGUAAAAUUUCCACUGAAUUCGCCAUUCUCCACUCUCGGAUUAGACUACGCUGCAUGGCCAACGUCGAACCAAAUCCAAGCAAGCCAAGCCAAGUGCCCGCAAGGACUAGGUAUUCAUGAGUUCACGGCUUUUCAAGGUCUACUGGUCGGUACUCAUGCACGAUGGAUCAAUCUUCUUCGAGAGUUGGGUUCAAGCAACAUCAACUUCUCUUCCGAGUCAACUUGGGUAAUUGUGUCACGUCUAGUUCUUCAGCAAGGGCCAAGCUGCAACCAGACAUCUGAGUAUACAGAUGUCCACAGCUCACUAGCAGGCAGCGAUCUCUCUACUGCAUUGUUGGCGCAGAUUGACUACCGUCUACAAGGCAUUCAGCGCAACUGGCGGGAGCCCAUACAAAUGGAAAUAUUGAUCAUGAUAUUGCUUAAGGUCAUAUCACUGACUAGAGACUCGAAAACUCUGAGUCGUGCUACGGGGCUUCUCCAUCUAGCUCGUAAGAUAACUGAUGGCUGGCGAAGGGAGCUCCAAGGGAUCAUCACCGAGGACCCUACUGUCUUACAAUGGAUCGUAUGGGCUUCACUCUUGUGUAAACGGACGUUUCACACAGAAAGUCAGCUGCUGGGUGUACCGGAGCACCUUCAGACAUACCUGGAUGCGUCGAUUUCUCUUCAUUACAACCUCUCAGUUGAAAUUCGAGGCAUGCCUUACAGCCUGCAAAACGCCAUUACCCGGGAUGUCUUGUUCGCUUACGGAAACCGUCAUCUUAUAAGGACAACUCUACUAGCGCAUCCCAAGACAUUUAUAGCUUCACUGGAAGCUGUAUGGCAUGUCCCCGGAAGCUUUGAAUGUACCAAGUCGUCAUUGGAGACCAUUCCAGAUACCUGGUGGAUGUCGCUUACGAUAAGGUCCGAUACCGAGCAGUAUUCCACCUUUGUGCAUUUCAACUACCUCUAUGGUACACUUCUCAUAGACGGGAAGGAGAUGAGUACAUUGCCGUUGUCCUAUCGUAUCCACCCAACAUUCCAGCACAUCUUCGGUACCAAAAACCCGAUUGUUUACCCCUCCCCUCUGAGGGGCAUGGAUUUUGCGCUAUGCGAGGUGAUGCCGAGAAAGCAUAGGAUUCAUCUAGCCUACCGUGAUGGCCAAGUCAUCAUUCGUGCUGAUAAUGAUGGCCGCUUGCUUGAGUUCAUUCCCUCUGGGGUUUUCAGGCCUGAUCUUCCCCUGCCUUUGGUAGAGGGUUGCUAUCAUUGGCUCCAGGUCCAUACCGGUCACGUCGAAAUCCGCCAGAAAGAUAAGUGGACGUCUGGGAUCAUGAAUUGGUGGUUACGACCAUAUCAAUACGGGUUAUAUCGUGCUGUAAGACAGUUUCAGGAGCCCAAGGAGGUCGUACUCCUUGAGCCAAGAAGCUCCCUCGUUCAGGAUAUUGCCCGAAUAUUCAGUCAUUUCGAGACUCCUUCUCAGAUGUUGGUGUGGGUUUCGCGCGAUGGCAAAGUGAGUGUAGAGCUAAAGCGCAUGGAACUCAGUUUCUUCAUCAAUUUCAAAGGCCAACUGCAAUCACCACGACUUGGUGCUAUCAUUUCGCACAAGCAAGAUUGUGGGACCUGGUAUGGUCUACGUAACAAGAUCAUGAUACAGUCUAUCUUCAAUCACCGCCAUACCAGCGUUCUGGUCCCCCUGGGAGAUUUCAAAGUUUUCAGGGAUGGGCCACAUGUUUGCGUCGAAAUCGAAAUGGGUAGCGGCCAGUAUCUCAAAUACUCGAUCAAUGAUACGCUGGGCCGUAUCGAUUGUGCUCCUGAGCCACGUCUGUUGUACACCAAGGCUCUGUUACAUGCUUAUACAUCACAUGUGAUAGCUGAUCCGCUUACAGGGAGAACAGGGACCGAAGAAGCACUUCACCUACUUCAUUCUGCAGCCUACCAGCCCUGGAACCCAUUGCCAAAGCACAUGAUAGAUUUGCUAAAUCGCAUUGCAGAGCUCUCGCCUAAGCGUGGGUAUUAUCCGCUAGAAGCUAGAUACAUGGAAACGGUGCACUGGAACGCUGACUGCACCAUUUAUAUGCAAGACGAUGGUUUUGUUGUUGCGGUUGCCCAAAUCCUGCGAAAGUCGUCCGAUCUAUCCCAUUUCUUUCUUGAUCAGGAGAUUCAAGAACCACCUGAGGUACCAAAGGAAGCCACACAUCUCGCUAUGCGUGCGCUCGCAAGGUCCGCUCCUCCGAAGAGCAAGACUGUCUGCAACCGGGAAGAGGUGUACCGCACACGCGACACCCGUACAUCUUCACAGGAGCUUCUGAAUGUACUGGAGAUAUCAAAACUACUUUUAUCCUGGAAGCCAUCUUGCGCUAUGGAUGCUUCACUAGUCGCGCUUCUGCAUGACGCUCCAGUAGUGGGUGGUUACGACAAACUCUACCGAAGAUGUUUGCUCAGUGACCACUUUGCUGUCGAUCUCCGAGCCGAAUGGGGUGCACUCGCACAGAAGGCCCUGCAGUGCAACUGGGAUGAUAAAUUCAGUCUGAUGUUUCUCUUCAGCGUACUAGCAUUUUCACCAGAUGCAAAUCUGAGCUUACUCCGUGUCUUGGUUUCCUUCGCCAUGCUUCCAGAGAUACGUGCUAUAUCAGCACCAAAGCACCCUGCGUAUUUCCAUUUUCGUGCAGAUGGAGCACCUCCGAUGUCAUACUUUGUAUCUCUGAUGGCCAAAGCACGAAUUUCUUUCUCAGAAACGGGAUUCAAAAAGCGCUCGCAGCUCGUCAAAGCCCAAAGUUUACACGAACCAAAUGUGGAUAAAGCAUGCGAGCUGCUGGCUACCUCAAUCUCCGCGCAAUGGCCUAGUUCGAGGAUUGAUCCAAAAAAAUUACCAAUAAUCAAUUCAGAGUACUUGGACGUUGAACGUGCCUUGACCGACAUCACCCCGGAAUGGACUCGUCUUACACAGAAUCAUGAGCUGUGUACGUAUCUGGAGCAGGUUCAAAAGAUUCUUUCACGAACGAAUCUCCAACAUCACCAAUCCUUGCCACCUGUUUUCACAGAAAUCAAAUUACCGUCUGCUACGAUCUAUCCUCAAAGGUCGAGAGUGAAUGACGAUCUGACUCUUCGACAUCUGCUUAAACUCCACAUUCCCAGCAACACCAUGACUAUGACAACGGCUCUUCCUGUAGUCGAGUCAUACGCCAGGGCUCUGAAUGUCAGAUCUGGUAAUAUAGACUAUGGCCUGGGAAAUCACUACCACCACAUAAACAAUUCCAGAGAGCAGAAAGUUCUGCAUACUCACGGUGUCGCUCCCCAGUCGAAAGAAAUCAGCAUGCUUCGAGAAAUAGUCGCUAAGUUCAAGGAUCCCUCGUCUUUCGUCCAAUGUAGGUAUGCAAAGGAGCUCGAAGACAGCAUUAAUGCCCUUCAAAAGCGUAUCAUCAAUAAGAAAGACGCGCUGUCUCAACAAUACCAUCAAAUCGGAGCAGAUGAGAUAACAUUAGCAAAAAGCUCUGCUUUCGCAGCAGCCGAACAUAUCAGACGUACACUUCGCCACAGCGACCCACAAGCAAAGUGGCUUCAAAUGGCCGAUCUCUGGCCAAGUAUGACAUUUAUCGACCUACUUGGUGAACUGCGAGAGUCUUCAAAGACCGAAUUUGGGAAAGGCUCGAAAGAGGCGCUAGUCGCUUUUGGCCUUGCCAUGACCAAAUUGCAGCGUCUACUUCGCAUUGCAGAUGCCCAAAAGAGACACAAAGAUCAACAGUUACAAGAUGAGUGGGCAAACGAGGGCCAUACGAACUGGGACCCAUUGAAGCACCCUGAUUGGUUGUUGUUAGAGAUUGACGGUGAUGUUCUCCUUCGAGAAGAGCAGGUAGACGUAGCAUUAGCGACCGUUUCACCACCGUCAGGCCGGAAUUCUGCGAUGCAGAUAAAACUUGGGGGCUUGGUCAAUCGCGAAUUGAUGCAUGUGCCCUUUUCUCGAAGAACACCCCCAAAGGAGUCCUUGAUACAUCUCUAUAGAAAGCUGCACACUGAGCUACGAGAUCGCCGUGGGAUUCUUCUUGCGUUGCCUGAGCACAUACUAUCAUUCAAACUGAGCGGUCUGCAGCAGCUUUGUGAUGCAAAUCUCGAAGCAGCAUCUGAAAUGAUGGACACCCAGCAUUGGCUGGAUCAGUAUGCUCGAGACGUCCUGGAUGAGUGUGAUGUGUCCUUGGCAAUACGAACACAGCUCAUCUAUCCUUCUGGCAGCCAGAUGACUGUCGAUGGCCAUCCGAUGCGCUGGCAAGUUAUUCAGGCUGUCCUCCACCUGGUCAAGGACUUUUCGACAACAAUCCAAUCACACUAUCCCCGUAGUAUUGAAAUCGUCAAGCGUGGUUUUGAUGGGUUUCCUCUCCUGUACUUUCUGCGCAAAGAUGCUGAAGAUUACCUACUCAGUCUUCUCGUAACGAUAAUCUGCCAAGGCCAGACACCUUCAAUUCUACCAUGCGCCGAAUAUCCUCUCGACAUGCAACAAGACAUUAAGACCUACAUUUCUGUUCCUACUGUCCGUGGUCAUAUAGUGUCUAGGAUUUCUAAUCAGUUUCAAGAUAAGCCAAAGUUGAUGCGAACCAUCAAUCUACUUCGUGGACUAUUUGUUCAUCGCAUACUGCUCACCGCCCUGAAGAAACGUUGGAAUGUGCAAUACGGACUGCAUCCAGUACGUGCGCCAAUAGCAGUGCCAUACUUGGCAAAAGGCGUACCAUCUCCUACAGCUGAAUGGGGUCAUCCAGACGUAGCCAUCACUCUGACAUGCCUAUCUUUCUACUAUCAGGGUCUGAAUAUCUCUCAGUUCAAAGAGUCUUUCGAACAUCUGGCCAAAACAGAUGAGCCCAGCAUACAAUACGAGAAAUGGUUUCCAAAAGGAUGCGACAUACCAAGGGAACUGGAAGAUUAUGCCGCCAUCAACGCUGAAGAUGUGCGACAAUUGAGCGAGCUAUAUCACGUGGUCCGAUACAGCGCGUGCCUGAUCGACUUCUAUCUAAACAAUUUUGUCUUUCCGAAGUACGCAAAGACCUUCAAGCUGAAGCUCCAAGCUUCUGGUUGGAAUCUCUUCCCAUCUAUUGCCACAAAGAAGACGCAGGCUGGAGCUCGUGUUACUGGAUUUUCGGGCACCAACGAUUCCCGACACCAAUUACCCCUUUUGAUUCGGCAACAAGACAUGGCAAAGCUGGAACAUACCAACGCAGAAGUGCCUUACUAUCUCCUAGCCUCUCGCAAUCAGUCAUAUGCUCGUAUGGCAUCUCCGAAUGGUGCUCGUUGGACCGAGUUGGAUUUGCUAUGGAACCUUGCAAACCCCUCUCCUUAUGCUCACUCCAACAGAAACCAUGGUGUGUUUUAUGGAGCGAACAAUCAAUUCGUGUCCCAAAAGCAACGACCAAUUCGAAUUCUUCUUGAUGCUGGUGCCCAGGUGUUGGAGCAUUCGAACAAAGCCUUUGCUAGAGCUUGGCUGGAUGCAGACUACGAAGCAGCAGCAGCCGUCUACUUCGAUGAUGACCAUCGUGUGUGGGUGCUGUACCGCACAAAUAAGACAAUCCCACUGGUGGCAUCUCCAUUCGCCGACAAUCUUGAUCGAUGCGUUGUGUACUUGGACGAAAGCCAUUGUCGUGGUACUGACCUCAAAUUCCCGCCCGAUGCGCGAGCUGCGCUUACUCUUGGCCAACACUUAACCAAAGAUGCGCUCGUACAGGCAGCCAUGCGAUUGCGACUACUUGGCCAAACCCAAUCAGUCACGUUCUACUCUCCCCCAGAAGUACAUCAAGGCAUACUGGACCGAUUGAAAGAGAAUGGACAUGGCUACCGUCCAACAUCUGGCGAUGUGCUUCAGUGGGUCUUUGGCCAGACAUGCGAUAUCAUGGAGCAAUCUGAACCUUCAUUCUUUGCUCAGACAUCGCAGUACAUGCAGCAAGAACAAGCAAGGUUUGAACAUCCUGACUAUCUUAGCGACUCUGUUUCACGAGAUGCAUUCCUUUCCAAAGUACGCAUCAAAGAAACACUAUCGUUGAAACAGCUUUAUCAGCCAAAAGUCCAACGACAAAAUGGUUCUUCCAGGACAAUCAAAUGGCAUCCGGUGUUGGAAGGCAUUUACACCGAGCUCCAGCGUCGAAAGAAGCAUUUCCAAGAUCGUGGAAGUGCUGUCCACGCAUCGGCCCUGGAAGAAGUAGAGAUUGAGCAGGAGCGGGAGGCAGAGCGUGAGAUUGAGUCAGAGGUGGAGCAUGUGCGCGAAGUCCAACAAUCUCUGGCAUACGAAGCAGCCAAAGUGAAAAAGCUUCAUGACGACGUCAUGCAUUUUGCGAUAUUUGGACGCCUAGUUGCUGGAAGCGAUGCUUACCGGCCCAUGUUCUCGCAGCUGGCACGUACGGAACUAGGUCUCAAGCAUACGGUCAAUCCGUCUAUGAAGUCAAGUCUCUGGAUUUCGGCUCACUUCAAUCGCACCAUUGAAACUUUUGAGCUGAAUGACAACUACAUUCGCUCUCCGCACUGGGUUCUUUGGAGCACCAUCAGCGAGCAAGCUCUCCUUGUCAGUCCGGAAGAAGCAGAUGAGUUGAUCCCGGUUGUACAGCAUCCAAGGUUACUGGAGGGCGAUAACAGGGUUCAUCUCAUUGUGUACGCUGCACCAGUCACGCGUCGAAUGCUUCACUUUAACCAACUGAACUACUACGCGACACCUCCUCUGCCGGCCAACUUCCGCGCCCCUGUUUGGCUGAGAAUAGAGUUAGGCCUGUUCUCUGGGCGCUUGUAUCUCGAGUGGGACGAGUACCACACGCUACUAGAGUACCUGGGACUAUGCGACGAUCUAUCGCAGCACCCCGAGAAACCCCCCUUUGCGACAAAGCCGCUUACCUUCCUUCACGAAUGGAUCACACUUCGCCGCAAAGGUCAAGACUUCGAGCACACACCCAUGGGCUUCAUCACGACUGGCAAGCCGCUCACUGAGAAACAUCCCUUCUUCCGCGUACUCGCGACCGAAGACGACCCCGAGCGUGUGCAGACGAUUGCGCGACAUGCACCGGGGUACUCUGAAGAAGAGCAAGACGACGAUGAGCAUGAUGAUCAGGGCGAUGAGGAUUUCGUCCCUGCCGUUGAGCAUGUCGAUGAAUCAGAAGACGAGGAGGAGUCUGAGUCUAGUGGGGAUGAAGAAUUCCAGGAUGCUGAGGAUGGGGAGUAG